AUGGAGAGAAACAAUGAGACUCUCACCACAGACUUCAUUCUCCUGGGACUCUGGCCUGAAUUCCACCACCUCGUUAUGCUCAUCUGCCUCGUCCUGCUGGUUUACUUUUUGGCUGUCGUGGGCAAUGGGGUCCUCAUUCUCCUCAUCCUGCUGGACUCCCGGCUCCACAGCCCUAUGUAUUUCCUGCUCAGCCAGCUGUCCUUUAUUGACUUCGCCUUGAUCUCCACUACGGUCCCCAAAAUGGCCACAAACUUCUUCUCAGGGCAGAGAACCAUAUCACAGGUUGGCUGUGGAGCCCAGAUCUUUAUUAGUCUAACCCUGGGAAUUGCUGAGUGCUUCCUGCUGACAUUCAUGUCCUAUGACCGCUACAUCGCCAUCUGCAACCCCCUGAGGUACUCGGGCAUCGUGAGCCACACAACCUGCACACAGAUGAUCAUAGUAUCCUGGGGAGGAGGGGCAGUCACGUCCCUGGCUCAUACGGCCUAUGCCAUGCACUUCCCCAUCUGCCACCCCAGAGUGAUCCCACACUUUCUGUGUGAGGUUAUGGCUCUCUUAAAACUCACGUGUGAGGACAUUUCUGCAUAUGUGAAGUCGGUGGUGGUCUCCAGCUUUCUGGUGGUUCUUGUUCCCCUGAGUCUCAUUCUGGCCUCCUACACCCUCAUUUUCCUUGCUGUCCUCCACAUGAACUCUCUUGAGGGCAAGAACAAGGCUCUGGCCACGUGCUCCUCCCACCUUUGUGUGGUCACCCUCUACUUUGGCCCCGCCAUAUUGGUUUACAUGAGGCCUGGCUCCUCUACGACUCCCAAAUUAAACCAGUCUCUCUUUAUAUUUAAUGCCAUCCUUACCCCUAUGCUUAAUCCACUCAUUUAUAGCCUGAGAAACAAGGAUGUCGUAGCAGCUUUAAAGAAUACAGUCAUCAGUAGAUGUCCCUCACGAAAGAUGAAAAACCACUGGGAUAGCUGUAGUUGA